CGUGAAACAAAAGCAGAAGAAGAUGAAGUUGCGGGAAAACUGAAGCAGGUAAUUCCUGUGUUGAUAACUGUAAGAAAGAAAGCUUAUACAAAUCACCAUGGAAACCCCUUUGGCCCAUGAUGUCAAAAAGGGGAUUUCAGGCCUUUGGGAGACUCUGCAGUGUCCCAUAUGCUUAGAUUUAAUGACUGCACCUGUGUCCACCAAGUGUGACCAUCAGUUUUGCAAAUUCUGUAUGAUCAAACUUUUGGACAACAACAAACCAAGCAGGGCUAACUGUCCAGUGUGUAAAACCAAGAUAACCAGAAGGAGCCUGCAGGAGAGCCCUGGGUUUCAGAGACUUGUUUCAGGAUUGCAGAACAUGAUCCAGGCAUAUGAAAAUGACACAGGCAUCAACUACUUUACUGGUAUGCACCAGGAAAAAGGACAACCAGGAGUCACGGAUGCUGAAGCUACUAAACAUUGUCAUAAUAUACCAUUUGAAGAAACACCAGACAACGAAGAAAACGUUGACAAUGAUGAUCCGUCAAGGUCUCACUCCUCAACUAUAGCAGCCCAGAAUGGAUUUGCACGACUAAUGGGACUUGAAGACACAAGUCCUUUGGCGACAGAAAAUGAAGGCCUGGACAGUGGUCUUGGAGAGGCCCCACCAAUAUCUGACAAGAAAACACACAGCCCUACAGAUCAUUUGGAAGCAGUAGAAACAGAAAUGUCAGAAGUUAUUGAAAAGAAAACACGUAAGACAAGAGGCAAAAUGAAAGCCUCCCUUCAACCACCAUUAAUAUCAGAUGAGACCAAAGACCACCCUGUAAGAAAGUUCUUAAAGAAAAAGCAGAACAAGGAUUGGGAUCCUGACAAGAUUCUCGAGGAGAAACAGAAAAAAAGUCUAGAGAAAGUCGCUGAGUGGCUCAUGAAAGUUCCAACUGAAGGAAGUCUCGAGUUAGAGAAACCCAACGAAGACUCAGACGAUUCUGACAGCUGUUCUUCCUCUUCAACAAUAGAUGUCAAACAACAUAAUAGCUCUGUGAAUCCCACCAGAGAGGAUCGUGCUAAAGCUCUCGAAGAACAGGUGUUUGGGGCCGUCUACAAACGAGGCAGAAAAGGAAACAGAAACAGCUCUCCACAUAAUGGUUUUGUCGAACCACAAACAACCAAAGAAAUAGAAAAGGACUCAGAAACAAGGAAGAGGAACACUCCCGCUAACUUUGUCGAGAAAACAAGCACCGAAAACAAACAUGGCAGCGAUUGGGAGGAAGAGCAACAAAGGAUAGACAAGGUUAUUGAUACCAGUGGUGACAUUUUUAAAGAAGCAGAACAGAUGGAUGUCAUGAUGGAAAAUGACACAGACAAAUACGGGGAAGAUUUAAACAACUUGCCAGAAAGUGAGAAACAUGAUGGCAAAGAUGAGGUUCCUUGUCCUGCGUCUGAUAUUGAACCACUACCACCAAGAAGAAAGUUAAACAGAAGGACACGCAGCUCUCUCCAGCAGGUGGACAGUGAUCUGCAGGAGCAAGCCAAGGAACAGUCAGAAAUUACCGAGCAAAAGAAACCCAACAAGAAGAAAGGUAAAAACAUGAGAUCAGAAAAAGGCAAGCCGGCUAGAGUGCCGAAACCCCUUGUUCUGGUCGGAGUUCAAAAUGGAGAAACCAGUCCUAUGGCUAAACCGAGGUCAGAAGAAGUUCAAGUUCACAUUGAGAAUUACCCAAGCAGCGAGGACCGAGAAAUCCCUGUCAUGAGGAGCACUAGGAGAAGUAGAAGGAUUCAACUCUUUGCUGAGGAAGUCCAGGAAGGUCACAAGAAAGCAAGCUGGAGAGCCAAUAAAGCUGAAAAGGGAAGCAUUGUUGCUAAGCAAUCUGAGGAAGCUAAAAAUGGAGAAUUGGAUGAUACACCAUCACCUAAGAACGAAAGCAUGACACAGGUGGCUGAACAAAACGGAUGCAUUUAUGAUCAUGAUUUAGGAGGAAUAGAAAACAUGGAGUCUGGUGAGAAAACACCAAAUGCUCCAGAGUCCAUCGUCGAAGUUCCAAAUACCGACACUUUUUCUGAAGCUAGUUCUGCUCGUAAUGUCGCUGUGGUCCCGAGCUCUACCAGUCCACCUAAAGAAACUGAAUGCCACAAUCCAGCAAAUCAUCUCCCUAACAAUACUCACUUGGAAACCUUGACCAGCCAGACAAAAUGUGCCGGAGCUGUAAAUGAUGAGGAUAACAACGACAGUGAACUGGACACGGAGCAACUGCUCAAGAGCUUCAAAGCCACUAAAAGGAAAUCUUUCAAUCUUGGCGGCCCAAAUUUAAAAAGGAGCCGGUGCUUCGACCAAGAGAACAUGCAGGUGUCUGAAGCAAAGGAAAGCAAGCGUGUUUGUUAUGGUGUUGAAUCUGUAAAUAAUCAGAUGAACACAAACGAAUCUAAAAUGACAGUCCAAGAAGCAUUACAAGAGAAUGAAAAGUCAACUUGCAGUGAUUUGAUUUCCCCUUCCGACUCACCUUCCCCAAAACCAGUUGAGUUUGCUGAUCAAGUGGUGCUAGAAGCCUCCAUUCCUGAUUGUUCAGGUCAGGAUAGCGCCCUCACUCCCAAUCAAGUAUCCAAAUGCGAAAAAGAAAGUCCUAACCUCUCUGUUGUGCGUCGUGUAGUAGAUUCUGGGCUCUGCUUCACAGCCGCUGAACACGAUGACUCAAACGAACACUUAAAGUAUUCUCAGAUCACAGAGAAGCAGCGUGAUUGUACCGUAAAGGACGCUGGCAGAGGGAUGGAGAUAAGAGACGUGUGCAGUACAGCUGCCAGUGAGAAACCUUCAGUCAACCCCGCUGAACAUUUCGUAAACACAGAGUUCUCUUUAACUCCAAGCGGCCUCAGUGCUCCAGUUGUACAAAUCGGUGAAGCAAACAGCUGUGGAGAGCUGAGCGCCCAUUCCCCCCUCAAGAGCAAACCCAGGAAGAGGACGAGGGCCCGGAGGCUGGAGUCUUCCUCGGAGUCAAACCGCAGUGAAGAGCGAUUACCAACUUUGACAGAGAUUUUUGGGACAUCAGCUCCCCGCUCUGCUGUGACUAAGGACAAGGGGGACCGUGAGGGUGUUACAGUUCGUGGAGCACAACAGAUGAGCCGUCCACCUGCAAGCCCAGAUUGUGUUCCUAACAGCCAGGGCUCUGUGGACCUGUUUGGCACGCCAGAUGAAUGUGAAGUCCCAGUGAAUGAUGUCGGCGCUUCCUCGCAAUGCGAAUCAUCCCAAUUCUCAAGCGAAGUUCUGGUCACACAGCAAAAGAUAGAAAUGCAGAAGGAGCUGGUGAGGUUGGAGAAGUUGAUGGCUCUGGUGACUGAGGUCCUGCAGGAGAAAGAAGACAGUCCUGCAAAAGAAGUCCCCUCAAAAACAAAUCCGAGCAGCACAACCACAGGCCCAAACACAAACAGAGCAACAACGUGCGACAAGGACACAGGCCAAGGUUCAGACCCGGAAGCUGUUCAAGAAGCAGAGAGAGAGCCCAGCACAAGACCAUCUGAUGGGAAAGGUGUCAUCCAACCCGGUGUGUCAGAGACGGCCGGGGGGCCGGGUUUAAAAGCCACCGGUGCAUCCAGGACUCCCAGUUCAAAUUCAGCAGCCAGACCAUUAAAGAGCAAUGGUUCACCUUCAGAUGGGCAAGAAGACAAAGAAAAUAGCACUCCUCCGAAAGACAGAAGCAGAGCUAAGAUGGUGCUGGUGUCCUCUGGAUUAGCCCCCAAUGAACAGAUGAUGGUGAAAAAGUUUGCCAAGCGAGUUGGUGCCCGAGUGGUUUCCCAGGUUACCCCGGCGGUGACUCAUGUUAUAAUGCACACAGAUGAACAACUGGUGUGUGAGCGCACACUAAAGUACUUCCUUGGCAUCGCAGGCAGGAAGUGGGUGGUGAGCUUCCAGUGGAUUUCAGAGUGCUUCAAACUAAAGAAAGUCUUGGCUGAGAGUGCCUUUGAAGUGGGAGGUGAUGUGGUGAACGGACCCGACCAUCAGGGCCCCAUGAGAGCCCGAACCACUGAAGACAAUGAUUUGCUCAUGAAGGGCUUUAAGAUCUGCUUCCAAGGACCUUUUACAGACAUGACCACAGAUGAAAUGGAGUGGAUGGUGGAGCUCUGUGGAGCCGCUGUAGUCCAAGACCCACUUCUCCUCGACAGUAAACAACAGAAGUCCCAUCAGCUCGUCAUUGUACAGCCUGGAUCUGAGUCGUCUUCGUCCACAUACAGCAGUCUGUCUAAACGAGCUACAGUCCUGACUCGUGGUUGGCUGUUGGAUACCGUGGCGACCUACACCCUCCAAAACUACAAUAAGUACAAAACAUGAGCCCAAGAAAAAAGUUCAGUUAAGCCACUGAUUCAUUUUACAACCACUGUGUUUUAAUGUCCAAUACUUUAUCUUAACUGUAAUCCUUCUGUUUUAUGGACAAAGCUCUGCGUGUUGUUUUGCCUGUCAUGUUGUAUAUAAAGUUCAAUCAACAGAAGAUGCUUGAAUUUAGUUGUUCUUCUUGUUCUAUAGCCCAAAAUAAGAACAUUUACGUCUUGGGAAAGAACAAUUUCCCAGGAAUCAUUGGACAUCCCUUUUUUUUUAAUGUAAGACCUCUGCUACACCUUACUUAUAAUUGAAACAAGACUAAAUGCAUCGCAAAAGAGGAAUAUGAUAAACAAAAUGGGACUCUCAGGAUGAAUCCCUUGUGCACAUAUAGCUAUUACUAAUACUCACAUUAAUUAUGAAUAAAUAAAUAAUGGGCCCAUCAUAGAAAAUCUGGAAAUCACAACAUUUGUAUUGUUUAUUGAGAAAAUCCUUAUAUGAAAAUUGGUUUUAGGUGGCUGAAGCUUUCAAAUAAAUCACAUUAUACAGUCAAA